AUGGAUCCGUCUGUUGCAAACAGCAGUAAGUUGCAGCUUUCACACUUUGAAUCCUGCUUGCCGUCUAUUCCUGCCGUCUUCUUGCUCAUCACAGCUUACGCUGUAGUCAUGCUGGUGGGGCUCCUUGGCAACCUUUGCCUAAUUAUUAUCAUCAGGAAACAGAAAGAAAGCCAGAAUGUCACCAACAUUUUGAUCGCCAACCUCUCCCUAUCUGACAUCUUGGUUUGUGUCAUGUGCAUCCCUUUCACUGUUGCGUACACUUUGAUGGAUUACUGGGUGUUUGGAGAAGCCAUGUGUAAAAUAUCUAAUUUUGUACAAAGUAUGUCUAUCACUGCCUCUACAUUCUCACUUGUGUUAAUUGCUGUCGAGAGGUAUCAGUUAAUAGUAAACCCGCGAGGUUGGAAGCCUAGAAUUUCACAUGCAUUUUGGGGAAUUAUCUUCAUUUGGGCCUUUUCUAUAAUACUGUCGACUCCUUUUUUUUUAUUCCACCAAGUCACCGAUGACCCCUUUAGAAACCUUUCUUCCCACAGUGAUAUUUAUAUGAACAAAGUUGUCUGUGUUGAGGUAUGGCCAUCCCUUGAGGAGAGGCGUAGCUUUACCACAACAAUGUUAGUUUUCCAGUACUUCUUACCACUAGGGUUUAUUUUCGUCUGUUACAUAAAGAUAUUUGUGUGCCUUCAGAAGAGGAAAGGUAAAGUGGAUAAGAUAAGGGAGAAUGAGGUCAGACUAAAUGAGAGUAAAAGGAUUAAUAUUAUGUUGAUUUCAAUUGUUGCAACCUUUGGGGCAUGUUGGUUACCACUGUACAUAUUUAACGUUGUGUUUGACUGGAACCACGAGGUCCUGAUCAACUGCCACCAUAAUGUGGUCUUUACUUUGUGUCACUUGGUAGCCAUGAUUUCGACGUGUGUCAAUCCAAUCUUCUAUGGAUUCCUCAACAAGAAUUUUCAGAAAGAUUUGGCUAGUCUGCUUCACAAUUUCAAAUGCUAUGAAUCUCAAGGGUUGUUUGAGAACAUCGCCCUUUCAACUCUGAACACCGAUGUGUCAAAGGGAUCCUUUAAGCUGAACAACAUGCCUUCGAAUAUCUGA